GACUUUAUUGACACGCAGCUCUUCUUCGUUUGACUAUCUCAUCUAAACCGCGGUUACGAAAACUUCGAAAUGACCAUCGAUUUCUACUACGCUUCGUGGAGUCCACCGUGCAGGACUGUGGAGUUGGUGGCCUACAUUUUGAAAGUCAAACUCAAUCCUAUUGAGACGAUACCGAGUAAAGGAGACACGCAAAAACCAGAAUACAAACAAUUGACCCCUCAGCAUACGAUUCCGACCAUCGUCGACAACGGUUUCGUUUUGAGCGAAAGCCGAGCGAUCUGCAAGUAUCUCGUAGAGAAAUACGGUUCUGCCACUGGGCCUUAUUCCAAGGAGCAGCUCUACCCAAAAGACUUACAGAAAAGAGCGGCGAUUGAUCACCGCAUUGAUUUUGAUUUGGGAUCUCUGUACAGAAGAGCAUCCGAUUAUUUCAGCCCAGUGUUCAUGACCGGACACUUUGGAACUGCUGCCUUACCAAAAUUGAAAGCCGCCUUGGAAAUACUCGAUACGUAUUUGGCAAAAACCAAGUGGGUGGCCGGGCCAGAAGUUACCCUCGCCGAUAUCGUCGUAGUAGUAACUAUAUCAAGUUUGGAGAUUGUGGGAUAUGAACUGACCAAUUAUCCUAACAUAUUGAGAUGGUUUAAGGCCGCACAGACAACUUUACCCGGAUACAACGAAGCCAAUCACAAAGGAACGGUAGAAUUUAAAGAUUAUCUGUUUUCAAAAUUGAAAAAUAAUUAAAAGUGUAUCCAAAAAUUGAAUCAUUCAUUCACACACAGUUUGUUUAAUAUUAAGUCGUGUAAAUUAUUAAUAAUAAUGUUUUUAAAGAUGCAGAUUGAAAGAAUUCAAACUUUAAACAUAAUAUCUUAGUGUGACAAUUUUUCCGUCGAUUACUCGUACACCCGUAGGCAAAUAAAAUACCUUUUAAUAAAUAAUAAUUAUUACACUUUA